CUUCAAGAAACUUAAUAAAAUAUAAUCCUUAAUGAAUCGCAGAUUUAAGACUGAAAUAUAAGAAAAGCAUCUCAACUAUGAUUAAGAAUAUGAUAGUAUUUUGAUUGUAAAUGAAGAAGAAAAUAAAAACAAGACUCCAUAAUGCUUAUUUAGCCUUUAAUUUUAUCAAAAGCCAUUUAUAUUACCAACAAAACAACCCUUGAAAACAAUUGUUAGAUAUAAAAGCAAUAAAAAAACAACUCUCUCAUCACUAAAAUAGGCUUAAGCAAUUUAUAGUCCAACUUUUCAUGAAAAACCAUAAAGAAUUCAUGCUCCUCCAACCAAUUUUCGAAUAAAGCUAACAAAUUUUAAAUAUAAUUUGAAUACGAUCUCAAAAUAAAGUCUCCACACACCCAGCACAAGAAUAUAGGAUAGUUAACAUUAAUCAGGAUAUUAAACACCAUUAGAUAUUAAAAUGUCAAUAUCCAAAAUUUAACAAUUGCUUAGUUCUUCUAAACUCAAGAGUGGUCAAUUAGAUUUUACAAAAUUCAAAAAAUCAAUAUAUUGA